AUGGCGCCUUCUUCUUCUUCUUCCAUCAGCAUUCUCUCUGAUUCUGCAAAACACUCUUCCGUUUCUUCCACUACUUCUACUACUCUUCAUCAACAUACUGUGAUUUUCGGUACUUCCAUCAAGAAAGAUCCAUUCAAGAACGUCCAGAAUCAUGUCGGAAAAGAAGAAGACGGCUUCUACUUUGUGAAGACAACCUCAGUUGUCCUGGCUAAUGGCAAAAGAAAGAUUCCUCAAUUCAUCGACUUCUUCGCUUCAGGCGAGACGUCAAAAGCCGAUCAAGAACCGGCCAUCAAGAAAAGGAAGAGGACUGCAGUCGGGCCGAGAUAUUCUCCCCCUCCUCCUCCGAUUACUGAUCUUGAUCUCAGCAUUGGGCGUGGCAACUGGCAGCAACCGGCCGAUGAUGAGGAUCAAUGGAAAAUCAAGAAAGUGUUGAAGAAAAGCGACGUUGAUGGUUCGUCCAGGCUUCUGCUGGGGAGAUUGUUGGUUCAAGAACAUAUUUUACCUCAUGUACUUAUGGGCGAGCAGGGAGUGGAGAUUAAGGUUUGGGAUGUGGAUACAGGGUCACACCACAUGCUGCUUCUCAAAUUAUGGAAAAGUAACAGUUUUGUAUUUGUCAAGAACUGGGUGUCUGACUUUGUGACGAGGAGGGACUUGGAGGAGAAGGAUGAGAUCGGGCUCCGAUGGAAUCACCAGAAUUCCCGCCUCGACUUCACCGUACUUAAAAGAGGAAACCCAUGAUUUCAUCUGAACUGAUCGAUCAUGUGGAUGUGGAUGUGGAUGAUGACAACGCGCGUGUUGAUUCAAUUGUUUUGUUAAUACGUACGUUGUCACAGUAAUCAGGGUUUUGGGGGUUCCUGGAUUAUUGAUUUGGAUGAAUGUAAUUAGUAC